UUAUAUGUGAAAUGUAUAUUUCGUUUGUGUUUUUUACAUAUUAGAUACUUUUAAUCUGAUAUAUUUUUGGUUGUUCAUAUUUAAUGCAAUUGUGUACAGAUGGAAAUGGCUACGAAUAUUAAAGAUUUGUGUAGGCUAUGUGCGAAGAAACAUGAAAUUUCAAAGGACUUGUUAGAUGAAAGUAAUAAGCAUGUUUUGGAUUUGGUUCGACAAUUUACCCAAAUUACUGUAACAGAAUGUGACAACAUGCCAACAAAUGUGUGCCUGGACUGUGAAGAGAAAAUGGUUUCCUUUCAACUUUUUAUUUUAGAAUGUUACAAAAUACAGGAUUCCUUAAGAAAAUUGUGUUUGGAUAGGUGUGAAAAUUUGAAUAUUAAAAUUGAGGAUGGUAUCGUCGAUUUUGGAAUAGCAGUAAUCAAGUCAGAGGUGAAAGAUGAAUUAACUGCAGAAGAUUUACUGGAAAGUGCAAUAAACAAUGAUGUUCCUCUUGAUGAUUAUGAUGAUGCCUAUCAAACUAUUGAUAUUGAAGUUAGUGAGGAAGAUGAUGAUGAUGAAUAUGAUAAUAUGACCAUUGCUUCAUUAAAGGAAGUUACAACAGCCACAAACAAGGAGUUGACAGAGGAAGAGAAGGCCCGAUUUACGGAAGUGCUUCACAAACCAGAUUUAAGAACUAGUGACUUUGUCAAGUUAGAUUGUACAAUUUGUGGAAUUGCAUUUAAAUCAUGGUCACAUUUACGCAUUCAUUUUAUGAAGACACAUAGAGGUAUAAAACCAUUUACCUACUGUAUAUGUGGGUUCGCCGUAAAAUCUAAAAGUGUGCUCUACAAACAUGUGACUGACCACAAACACGAAAGCAGGAAGCUGAAAAAAGAGAAAUGCACAGACUCUGAUGAUGAGGGUUACUCAGCCCUAAAAGUUAACAAUUUCAUUCAGUUCAAAUGUUCCGGCUGUGACAAAUUAUAUUCCAGUUGGUAUAGUCUGAAGUCCCACUGCCAGUCACAACACAAAAUUCCACCAGUGGUUGAAUGCAAAUGUGGAAUUACACUUAAAUCUAAAUCUAGUAUGUACAAGCACAUACAGGACCAUAAAACUCCCAGUACCCUUCAAUGUGAUAUAUGUUCAAAGGUAAUGAAAACAGAGGCAGCACUAGAAACACAUAGACUUAAGCAUGUACCAAAGUCAGCCAGAAAGUUCAAUUGUUCAACUUGCGACAAAGUAUUCAAUUACAAAGAAGCUUUAAGGUCACAUGAAAAAUCUCAUAUUCCUAUAGAAGAAAGAAAAGUAUUCAACUGUGAUAUUUGUCAUUUAAAGUUCACCUCAAGAUCAGCAGUGACGUCCCACAAGCGUGUGGUGCAUGAGAAGGUGAAAUCGUACGUUUGUGACCUAUGUGGGUACGCCUGUGGUACCAACGGGGAGCUGCGACAGCACCGAGCCAUACAUAGCGACGAGAAACCUUUUGCGUGUGGAAAGUGCUCGAAGUCGUUCAAAACGUAUUCGAAUAUGAAAACUCACAUGGACACACACGAAGAGACGUCAUACGUAUGCUACGUGUGCAACCGUGUGCUAAACAGUCGGCGGACGCUGCGGAAACAUUUAUUAGUACACGAAGACAAAUGUCGACACAUUUGCCCAUACUGUAAUAAGGCAUUCAAACGACGGCAGACACUAAAGGUGCACAUGUAUACGCAUACGGGUCAUAAACCGUUGACAUGCAAGUGGUGCGAAGAGCGGUUCUCGUACGCGUCGACGCUGCGCUCGCACCGGCUACGUUGCCACCCCGACAAGAUGGCGGCACAACACGCGAACAAGGCAGCCAUGCAACGUUGCCUGCCCGACAAAAUGGCGCCGCAGGAACACUCGUACACCACCUACACCCACGUCGCGCCCCACGUCACACAUUUAUCCACACAAGAGGAUUACAUAAAGAAUGACUUAGCAGCCGUAAACGUGACAAAGAACGAGGUGGACGCCAUACAGUAAUGAACAAUUGUAGCUUAUGUUAUAAGAAGUAGUGUUAAACUCGAGCAAUCCAGUGUAAGUGAGACUUUUUACAUGAUUCAUUAUCACUUUUAAUAGGUUGGUAGAUUAUUGGAUAAAUAAAGGUAUUUAUCAGCAUUACAAA